AGGAAUUGGAACACCAGCUGUGAGCCACUGGGGCAGCCCUCUCUGCCCUGGUCUGGCCUCAGUCCCUCUCGCUCAAGCUGGCCCUGCUGCAGGAUGGCUGCGGACAACGCUACCAGCGGCCCCCACGCGCCCGGGCAGGAGCUGAGCGUGCUCGACAUCACCAUCAUAGCCGUGUAUUUUGCCCUGAACGUGGCCGUGGGCAUAUGGUCCUCGUGCCGGGCCAGCCGGAACACGGUGCGCGGCUACUUCCUGGCGGGCCGGGACAUGACAUGGGGGCCGAUGGGAGCCUCCCUCUUUGCCAGCAGCGAGGGCUCGGGCCUCUUCAUCGGACUGGCGGGCUCGGGCGCAGCUGGAGGCCUGGCGGUGGCAGGCUUCGAGUGGCACGCCACGUACGCGCUGCUGGCCCUGGCGUGGGUGUUCGUGCCCAUCUACAUCUCCUCGGAGAUUGUCACCAUGCCUGAGUACAUCCAGAAGCGCUACGGAGGCCAACGGAUACGCAUGUACCUGUCUGUCCUGUCGCUGCUGCUGUCUGUCUUCACCAAGAUAUCGAUCGACCUGUACGCAGGGGCCCUCUUCGUGCACAUCUGCCUGGGCUGGAACUUCUACCUGUCCACCAUCCUCAUGCUCACCAUCACGGCCCUGUACACCAUCGCAGGGGGCCUGACUGCCGUGAUCUACACAGACACCCUGCAAACGCUCAUCAUGGUGGUGGGAGCCGCGAUCCUGACCGUCAAAGCUUUCGAGCAGAUCGGCGGGUAUGAGCGGCUGGCGCCGGCCUACGCCCAGGCCAUCCCGUCCAGGAUCAUCUCCAACACGACGUGCCACGUGCCGCGGGCGGACGCCAUGCACAUGUUCCGAGACCCCUACACGGGGGACCUCCCGUGGACCGGGAUGACCUUCGGCCUGACCAUCAUGGCCACCUGGUACUGGUGCACCGACCAGGUCAUCGUGCAGCGGUCGCUGUCCGCCAGGGACCUGAACCACGCCAGGGGGGGCUCCCUCCUGGCCAGCUACCUCAAGAUGCUGCCCAUGGGCCUGAUCGUUAUGCCGGGCAUGAUCAGCCGCGUGCUGUUUCCAGAUGACGUGGGCUGUGUGGUGCCCUCUGAGUGCCUGCGGGCCUGCGGGGCCGAGAUUGGCUGCUCCAACAUCGCCUACCCCAAGCUGGUCUUGGCGCUGAUGCCCACAGGCCUGCGGGGGCUGAUGAUCGCUGUGAUGAUGGCCGCUCUCAUGUCAUCGCUGACCUCCAUCUUCAAUAGCAGCAGCACGCUCUUCACCAUGGACAUCUGGAAGUGGCUGCGGCCCCGCGCCGGGGAGCGGGAGCUGCUGCUGGUGGGACGGCUGGUCACGGUGGUGCUUAUCGGCGUGGCUGUGGCCUGGAUCCCGGUGCUGCAGGGCUCCAACAGCGGGCAGCUCUUCCUCUACAUGCAGUCGGUGACCAGCUCCCUGGCCCCCCCAGUGACCGCGGUCUUCGUCCUGGGCAUCUUCUGGCGGCGGGCCAACGAGCAGGGGGCCUUCUGGGGCCUGAUGGCAGGGCUGGCGGUGGGGGCCACCAGGCUGGUGCUGGAGUUCCUGCACCCGGCGCCGCCCUGCGGCCACCCCGAGGAGCGGCCUGCCAUCCUCCGCAGCGUCCACUACCUGCACUUCGCCGUGGCUCUCUUCGUGCUCAGCGGGGCCGCGGUGGUGGCCGGGAGCCUGCUGACGCCACCCCCCCAGGGCGUCCAGAUCGACAACCUCACCUGGUGGACCCUGGCUCAGGACCCGCCCCCGGGAGCCAAGGCAGGUGGCCGCCGAGCGUCCCAGAAACACGCCUUCUGGGCCCGCGUCUGCGGCUUCAACGCCAUCCUCCUCGUGUGCGUCAACAUCUUCUUCUACGCCUACUUUGCCUGACGCCGUCCACAGGUGCCCCCCUUCCCCACCGAGGAAACGGAGGCCCAGAGGAGGGGGGCGCCCCUCGUGGCCGCAGGGCAGGUCGGUGCCCAGGGGCCGGCCGAGCCAGCAAAGCGGGAGCUCUGAAAACGUAGGGAGGAAAUGGGAAAAAAGAACGUGCGAUGCCUCGAGAAUGGGAGCCGUAAUUGGAAAGAAAACGAGAUUUCUGAUGAGCGUCCUUCUACUCUUUUACUGUUUUUAUUUUGAGUUCUCGGGCCCAGGUCGUGAGCGGCAGGCCCGCCAGAGCUCCGGGCUCCAGGGUCUCGGGCCGGCGCUGGGCAGGGGGAGCCCCUCUCCGCCCCUCCCUUGGCUCCUGCCCCAUCCCACCUGCUCCCCUCUCCCUGCUCUCCGCCCCUCCAGCACCGGCCCGGCCUUCAAAGCCCUUGCCGAGCCCCCUCGGUCUGCCUGCGCCCCAAGGGCCCCGGGGUCCCCUGCUUAGGACCGCGCUGGCGGCCCCUUCCCCGUGGACACCCUGCCUUUUCUCAAGCUGGGGCUCCACGGAGGCUGCCCGCCCCGUCCUGGAUGCCGCCGGCCCUCAG